CAUUCCAAUAAUGUGUUAGUCCAUCAGAAUACUAUUAAACUAGCAGAUUUUGGUUUAUCAAAAAGAAUUGAGGAAACAUCCAACUCUCAAUCAAAAUUAUUCGGAUUAAUUCCUUAUAUUGAUCCAAAAAGUUUUAAUAUAACAUCAUAUGUGUUAAAUGAAAAAAGUGAUGUCUAUAGCAUCGGUAUAUUAUUAUGGGAAAUAUCUAGUGGUCAACCCCCUUUUUAUGAUAUACCAUAUAAUAUUUGUUUGGCUUUAAGAAUUUUACAGGGCCUUAGAGAGACACCUAUCCCUAAAACACCCGAAGAUUAUAUAAAAAUUUAUACCGAUUGUUGGAAUAUUGAACCUGAUAAUCGACCAACUAUCAAUCAUGUUGUUGAUAAAUUAAAAGCGAUUAUAACAAAAGAAAAUAUAAUUAUAAA